AUACAAGACAAAGACCCGAUGAUCCUGGUUUCCAGCUACAUGGGCGAAAAACGUGCUAAUGUAAUGCCGUUCUCAGGAGGAAUGUACGGUAAACGAUCAAACAUCAUCGAUCAAGACCGGGAAGAACAUCCACUUUAUGCCGGUUGGCAUGAGAAAAGAAUGAUAAUGCCUUACUCUGGUGGAAUCUAUGGUAAACGGGAAGUGUUGACGUUUGGUCCCUAUGGUAAACAGACAUCGAUGCCGUUUUCUGGUGGAUUUUACGGUAAACGAGCUGUUGUAGCUCCAUUUUCUGGCGGAAUGUAUGGUAAACGAGCAUCACUACCAGUGGAUGAUGGUUCCUACGAUAAGCGAUCAGAGCGAUAUAUCCGAUCACCAAUGCCAAUAUCAGGCGGUUUCUUCGGGUAA